CUCUUUCACCAACUUCAUAGGAUGCUCAAAUAUGAACACUAUCAAGUUAGAUAUACCAUUUUCAUUCAAUAAACAAAAGCAAAAUAGUUAAUAGCUAAAAGAUUUUCCUUUUGGGGUCUAGAAAAAAAGGCAAUACUUUUAAUUUCCCAAAGGAGGGAGCUUUCAAAUCUCCCUUUGUCUUCUCUCUCUCCUCUCUCCCUCUGACUAUCUAACUUUGCAACGGCUAUCUCUGUCGUCAUUUCAAUUCAAACUCUUUACUUAACCUCUCUAGCUGCUUCUAGCUCUCUACCUGAGAUCCCUAAUCUCAAAUGCUCAAAACCCUCAAUCCCAAAUUUGUAUAAUCUUUCCUGAUCUGACCCACUUCACAAAACCCCCAAUCUUCUCUCGUCCUUAUUGUCUGAGAAUCACAUUACCUAAGUGAAAGGCAAAGACUUUGGCAUCCUGAAGAGCACAAAACACCAGAUCUUUCCUUAUUCCGCAGUGGGAUUGUGAGGGAGAGAGAUAAAGUUGAGCUUUGGUCGAUCUUCCACAAAGGGUUUCUGAAAACUACACUUAAUGGAUGGAUCCAUAACUAAAAGGCGAAGACUUUAGCAUCCUGAGUAACUGAGAGGUGAAAAUAAAAUGGACAUUGUUGAGAGAAAACAACCAAGAGGAGCGUUUCUAAAUCUGUUUGAUUGGCCUGGAAAAUCAAGAAAGAAGCUUUUCUCAUCCAAUAUCUCCCAGAUCUCUGAAGAAUCUAAGCAAGCAAAAGAGAAUGUUCACAACCCCUCCUCUAUUACAAGACAUUCCGUUUUUGAGGUUGAUCAGUCUGUAAAGAACUCAACUUUCAACCAGGGAAGCAACACCAGCUGCUGUGCAUCCUCUGUAACUAGUGAUGAUGGAAACGUGGUUAAAGCACCGAGUGUGGUAGCGAGGCUCAUGGGUUUGGAUUGUAUACCGCAGCAAAACCUCAUGGAACCACGGGUUAAUCCUAGCCUUGAUCCAUACUUCCUCAGAUCCUCUCACCAGGCAAGCACUUGGGAUGCGAAUGCUGAGCAUCAGAGUGACUUUGAUGGCGUUUCUUGGGACCAUUUGGAUUCAAGAACCAGUAAAGGUCCGCAUAAGCGUAUGAUUGAGCGGUUUCAAACUGAGACAUUACCUCCAAGAUCUGCUAAACCCAUCUCUGUCACCCACAAUAAGCUCUUGUCUCCUAUAAGGAACCCUGGGUUUGUUCCAUCAAGGAACCCUGCUUAUGUUAUGGAAGCUGCUUCGAGAAUGAUAGACUCAAGUCCAAGGAUGAUGGCAAGAACAAGGGUGGUUCCAUCAUCUGAUUCUUCUUCUCCUGUUCCAUUAAGGAUUCGAGAUUUGAAGGAGAAACUAGAAGCUGCGCAGAAAGCUUCAACGUCAUGCCCUCAAGUCUCUAAUGAUAAUACUCGUAGCACUAAAACUACAGCUUCAGGGAAAAGCAGUUCUGAACUGAAGCCGCCUUCUUUCACUGCGCAAGCAAAGAGCAGUAAUACUCAGAGACACAACAGCUUAACAACGUCCUCGAGUGGAAACAAAAGGGCAUCUUCAGGACAAAAGGAGAAAGCAGCAGAAGCUAAGAACCGUUUAGCAAAAAGCCAGAAUGGUCUCAAAGGAGCUUCCGUGAGCGGAGGGAAGAACGUGCUUAAGCAGAACCACCAGAAGCAAAACUGCAGAGACAAUCAGCUGAGUAGGAAACCAAUGAACAAAGUUGUGAACAAGGUUCUUGUGGACAGUGGUUCUACAUCGAGAAGCUCAGGUUCUACUAUGACAUCAGCAGAGAAGUCUACAUCUUUACCUUCACACCGGAGAAAGAAUCUUCCUCGUAGCAAGAAGCCACGAAACGGGGUGCAAGAACCAGUAAUCAAAAGGGGUGAGAAGUCGAUAAAGUGCAACAUCUCCAUUGAUGGUGACUCGAGCACGAGUAAAAAUGAUCAGAGAAGGGAAACGGAUGUGAUAUCUUUCACUUUCUCGUCUUCAAUCAAAGGCUUACCAUCUCGCUCACAAGGAACCAAACAAGAUGCAGCAGACUCUUCUGUUAAAUACAAUGUCAUAGGCGGUGACUCCUUAAAUGCGCUUUUGGAGCAGAAGCUCAGGGAACUGACCUUGAAGAUUGAGUCAUCUAGCUCUACCUUGAUCCAAGAAGAGUGUUUGAGCUCCGUUACAGAGAGUAGAGAGAACAAGGUAGUUUUAUCGCCAUCAAAACAUGGUGCAACAACUCAAAACAGUCUUGAUAAUGUCUUAACAGAGAGUGAAUCUGUUUCUGACUGCACUUCAUUCUAUAACAACCAGGAAUCUCAGAAGAAGAAGAUGAUACGGGGAGAAGAACAAGAAGUUAGUAGCUUCAGUACUCUUACAGAGACCGAUGAUUUCACACUCUCCAACAACAAGAGUUACUUAGAUUGCAGACAGGACAGAGAAUAUGGCGUGAAAGAGAGUUCAUCAGACCAAGAACUCACUUGGGUUUCAUCAACUGAGUCCCACCAAACCGUAGAUGAAGCAGACUCCGCAACAACACUCGAUUGGGAGCUCGAGUACAUAACCGAGAUCCUCAACUCUGGCCAAAUCAUGUUUCAAGACUUUGCCUCAGGGACGACAACCACUAACGAACUAGUAUUAUUACCCUCAAGCCUCUUUGAUGAAAUGGAACGCUCAAGAGGAGCAGUAACAUCGACGAAGAUCGAAAGAAAGGUGCUUUUCGAGUGUGUGAAUCAGUGCUUAGCAGUGAAGUUUGAAAGGAUGCUAGUUGGAAGCUGCAAAGGAGGGACGAUGAUGUUGCUGGAACACAGAGAUUUGCUGGCUGAAGAAGUGACCAGAGAAGUGAAAGGGUUGAAGAAGAUGAGAGAGAUGAUGAUAGACGAGCUUGUGGAUCAUGACAUGAGCUGCUUGGAAGGGAGAUGGGUUGGUUAUGAGAGGGAGAUGUUUGAAGAAGGCGUUGAUAUAGAAGGAGAGAUAGUUUCUAGUUUGGUUGAUGAUUUAGUUAGUGAUCUUUUGUCUGUUAGCUUUAUUAAACGGUCAUUGUAGGUUGUGUGUAGAAGGGCUUCUCCUGCGUUUGAAGUUGUCUGUAUGAAUAUUCUUUGUUUUUAACGGUUAAGGGCUGAAGAAGUAGUGUCUGUCAUCUUUCA